GAAUUGAAACACACCAAAUGUGCUCAAAAUGCUGGAUUUAAAAGAAAGGGGAGAACUGCGAGUGGGAAGUCAUUUCAGCUGUAUUUGCUAUAUUUACAAAGAUAUUUGUUCCUUGUGCUUAAAUGACGCUUGUUUAACAAAACCUGACUAGAAUGGUAAAUCUAUCUUUCACAGCCUCUUUAUAUGGCGCUAAUACAUUAUAGUAUUUUAUUUUAUUUUUUACAAUUUUUUUGCAAGGGUACAAUUUAGAAUAACAAUAACGUAGUACUCACACAAUAUUUUCUAAUACAAUCUCUUUCGUCUUUCAAUCAAAUUCCUACUCGUUCAAAAUGUAUAUUCCUGUGCGUUGUGGACUUGGAGGGCUUUAGGACCAUGUCAGAAGCGCCCUUCGUGUCGUACUGGACGGAGCGACAGCACAUACAUAAAAGACAGUCGGCAAUGGCGCAGACAGGCUUUGGGCGAAGAUACUUGAAAGCUUUUGUUAGCGGUUUCUUUGUAGCCGUCCCCGUCACAGUGACUGUUUUAGAUCGUCUCGCCUAUGUAGCACGCGUGGAAGGUGCCUCCAUGCAGCCGUCUUUGAAUCCAGAUGGAGGGGUGUCGCCUGACGUUGUGCUCCUCAACCGAUGGAGUGUGAGAAACUACCGGGUUCAACGAGGAGAUAUUGUGUCACUUCUGAGCCCAAAGAACCCUCAGCAGAAGAUCAUCAAACGAGUCAUCGGGGUUGAAGGUGACUUCAUCAAGACUCUGGGAUAUAAAAACCGUUAUGUAAGAGUUCCAGAUGGACAUCUGUGGAUUGAGGGGGAUCAUCAUGGCCACAGUUUUGACAGCAACGCAUUUGGACCGGUUUCACUUGGUCUUCUCCACGGUCGGGCGUCCCACAUCAUCUGGCCACCUAGUCGGUGGCAGCGGAUAGAGCCGUCACUCCCCCCUGAACGACAACCCCUGUUAAAUUGGGAUGGAGCAAGAGAGGACAGUUACGAUGACUGAACUGAAAAGCCAAUUAUUUAACCAUGUCAGCCAUAAUGUACAUGGCCCAGUUGUAUUAUGGACUAUAUAAAUGUUCUGGUUGAAACCAUGUGGACCAGAUCAGUGCCCUGGAAUGAGCUCUUCAGCAGCAGCUUGAAUAGUUAUUGUCCAAUGUACAUAUUUUUACCCCUUGUGUAGGUUUGUGUUUUUGGUCCAAAUUAAAGAUCAAAUGCAUAAAGGUACUAAAUUAUUUUAGUUUUGACUAAUAAAAGACAUGCGAUGCAAUGGGAUACAAUCAUUUAAUUAAUUAUUUAUUUCUAAUGGCCUAUUGUGUCCAAAAAAUACAAAUAUUUGGCAGCCAUUUAAAUGGUGUUAUCACAUUAUUGACAAACUAGUUAGUCAAUUAGUUUUCAAACAGAAUGUCUCAUGGGCAAUGAGAAGAUCAAUUUACUUGACAAGCUUUCAGUGACACUUUGUUUGUCCACACUGAAAGCAAAAAUCCUGCACAAUGACAUAAUUACAGCCAAUAUGAGCAUAAAUGACAUUUAAUAUACAGUUAUGUGAAGCAGUGGGUGAAGAUACCCAGCAAAAUAGAAUAGAAGAAACCAAG